AGCGGGUCCGACUCUCUUCGUCGUCGCACAAGCAUUCCGCACUCCGUAGGAUGCCGUACACCGUUGUCAGCCCUGUGUGGUUGUUCUCGGGCAAGCAGUUAAGAAGGUUCGAACCCUAGGACUUUUUUACUCCCAAAAUCUGUUUGAAGGCCCAGUAAAGCAAUCUUACUGACCGAUAAGGAGUAAAACGAGAGACAAUGAAGCUUGACGUAGAUGUCUUGCGAUAUCUCUCCAAAGAUGAUUUUAGGGUUCUCACUGCUGUUGAGUUGGGAAUGAGGAAUCAUGAGAUUGUACCUACUGAACUCAUUGACCGCAUAGCACGUCUCAAGCGUGGAGGCACUUACAAAGUUUUGAAGAAUUUGCUCAAGAAUAAGUUGUUGCACCAUGACUCUUCUAAAUAUGAUGGCUUCCGCCUUACUUAUCUUGGCUAUGAUUUUCUGGCCAUUAAAACUAUGGUAAACAAGGGUGUGUUUCAAGCUGUUGGUCGCCAGAUUGGUGUUGGAAAGGAGUCAGAUAUCUUUGAGGUUGCCUGUGAAGAUGGAACAGUUCUAGCAAUGAAGUUGCACAGGCUUGGCAGAGUUUCAUUCAGAGCUGUCAAAUCAAAGCGUGACUACCUAAGGCAUCGUAGUAGUUAUAACUGGCUGUAUUUGUCUCGGCUUGCUGCCCUUAAAGAAUUUGCAUUCAUGAAGGCUUUAGAAGAGCAUGGUUUUCCUGUUCCUAAAGCUAUAGAGUGGAACAGACACUGUGUAGUCAUGUCACUCGUCCAAGGUUACCCUCUGGUUCAGGUGAAGCAAUUGCAAAAUCCAGAGAUGGUUUUUGAGACAAUUCUUAAUCAAGUUGUUCGGCUGGCAGAGCACGGUCUUAUUCAUUGCGAUUUCAAUGAAUUUAACAUCAUGAUUGAUGAUGAUGAAAGAGUUACCAUGAUUGAUUUUCCACAAAUGGUAUCCGUAUCACACCGUAAUGCACAGAUGUACUUUGACCGUGAUGUUGAAUGUAUCUUUAAGUUCUUCAGAAAAAGGUUCAAUCUUUCUUUUCAAGAAAGCACAGAUGAUGAUGAGGGUCCUGAUGAAGAUGGAAGACCUUGCUUUUCUGCUAUAGACAAAAGCUCUGGUUUUCUAGAUAGAGAACUUGCUGCCAGUGGCUUCACCAAGAAGGAUGAAGAUGACCUUGAGAGGUUCAUCGAAGGCAGUGAAGAGAUGGGUACACAUUCAGAUGAUGAUGGCAUUGAGUUGGCAGAAGACUUUAGAGAGACAAACGUCAUAGGUGAUGAUUCUCUACAGCUGGAGCAGGAUGAGGGAAAUGAAAGUAAGGAUGGAGAGGAAAACUCUGAAGCAGAUCAGAGCAGUGAUUCUGAGAAGCCAGAUGCGGAUGAUGGGGAGGAAAACAAUGAAUCUGUGACACAAAAUGAUGCUGAACUCACAAAGCGCUUGAAUAAGCAGAGACGACGGGCCAUAGCAUCGGCUCGCAAGGGACAGAAGCCUGUUGCAUCAAGGAAUUGUUACAAAGCCAAGGGUAGCAAAUCUGCUCACAAUUCUAAAAUACAGAAACAAUUGAGCGGCUGGUGAAGUAAUAUAAGAAUCCUUUGGUCGAGCCCUUAAAUGAUCAUGAUACUAAAACAUAGGCUACCUGUUUAGAGUUGGGAUAUAUAGUAAAGCAAAUAGGAUAUUGUUUAGUCAAUCGAGCUUAGUUUUGUUCUCCUUUUUUCUUCCUUUUGUUGCUAGAUUAAGAGGGUUUGAAUUUGAGUCACUAUCCUCAUUUUAUUACAUUUCUGUUAUCUGAGCUAGUCCAAGUGGGAUUUGAGUCUCAUUAUGCAUAGGUUUGGGGUAAAACAGGGUUGUAUCCGGGACUGCUCUAUUCUGGGUGAAAAUUUUGUCGUUGUGGAAAA